AUGCCUGCCUGCUGCAGGGUGGCUGCCAAAGGGCCCAACUGGAUCAAACUGGAGCGCCUGCUGAACUACGACCUGCGGCUGCAUUGGAAGCCGUAUGUCUAUCGGUACUCGCCUGAGGUUCAGCACAGCGGAUUCGAGAGCUUCACCGUGCGGUUUGCACACGGCUUCUACCCCGAGCACCACACGGCAUACGGCUUCAACGGCCUCGGUAUCUACGACUCGGGAAACUGCUGGAUUCGCAAUGUCAAGGUGGUGAAUGCAGACAAUGCCAUCGGAGCAUUCCGCUCUGAGUUUGUGUCUGUGCGGGGUGUGACGGUGUCGGUUGAGAAGCCCAGGUACACCAAGUCCACCUUCCCCGCCAACGGCCACCACGCCCUGUGGGGAUCAGGCGCAGUUCUGACCGAGUUCUCCGGCUUCCGCAUCACCACGCAGUACAUGCACGACAUCACCUUUUCCGUCUUUGCUGAAAACCUGGUGUUUGCCAACGGACAGAUGCUGGAUGGGAACAUCGACUUCCACCGUGGAGGCCCCCACAACAACCUCGCCAGCAACAUCAACCUGGGGCGCGGCACCAGGGCCUUCCACAGCGGCGGCAACACCGUCCGCGGCACGCAUGCAGCCGCCAACAACACAGUGUGGAACGUGGGGCCGGCCAGCAAGCGGCAGGUGGCUCUGCCUGGGUGCGACUUUGGCCCCCACCUGGUGUUUGUGGGCAGCUACGCGCCGCCCACGCCGGGCGCGGAGGGCGACAGCAACUCUGGCGACCGCCGGCGGCGCAGCCUGCUGGCCUCCCCGCAGCUGACUGGAUGGUGCCGGCAGCGCAGGUGGUGGGUGGAGGACGUCCCUACCACCCAGCAACUGCUGCCCAGGGACCUCUACGCUGCCAUGGUGGCCACCCGCAGGAACCGCAUUCGCGGAUGA